CCCACUUAAACUCUGCAUAAAGAGUGCACAAACUAUUCAGACUCAAACAAACCGACUAACACGACUCCUGACGUAUCUGAGGAGAGAAGAGGAAAGGAGAGGAGAAAAGAGAAGAGGGACUUUUAAUGAAGACAUAGUUUAUACUAUUGGGGGUGUCUUGACUAGACAUACUCAGAAGACUCCAGAUGUGUGUAGUUAGAGUUAAGGGACUUCUAACAGUAAUCUACCAGUACUGUAGUAUCUGAUAACACAGCAAAGGUCGACAGGCAGACACUAUUUGUCCCACGAAUGAUGUACAACAGAAUGCAGGAGUAUGCUCUGACAGAAUGACAACUCCGUGGCUUGAAACGUCCCACUCGCUCGACUACACCCUUCCGCCAGUGAUCAUUCACCUUGGUAACCACACGACGACAGCAUUGAAUAGCAACCAGUCCUGUAGUGGUGAUGACGAGUUCUUUAAGUACCGAGCCUACACUGUCACCUACCUACUGGUGUUCCCUAUGGCGUUUCUUAGCAACAUUGGAGCGCUGUUUGUGUUCCUGCGACUGAUGCCCAAACGGUCUGCGUCCUCUGUCCUCAUGACCAAUCUCGCCCUAUCAGAUGCAUGCUUCUCCCUCACCCUGCCGCUGCGAUUGGCCUACUACUUCAGAGGCGCUCGCUGGGACCUCCCUGAUUGGCUGUGCCGACUGUGUGUGUUUUGCUUCUAUCUCAACCUCUACACCAGCGUUCUCUUCCUUACUGGACUGAGCGUGCUCCGUUGGCUGGCCGUGCUGAAGCCUCUCCGUCAUCGAGCCUUGGCCACGCCCCUUCGUGCCUUAUUGGCAUGCUUGGGCAUUUGGCUGUUUGUGGGCGGCGCUUCAGUCCCAUUCCUGUUUUCGGGGACCAGGGUGAGGGCAGGACUAACACGCUGCUUCGAGCCACGUAACCCUGCCUCCUGGAAGAUGAUCUUCGUUCUCAACUACGUGGGCAUGACAUUCGGCUUCCUGAUCCCGUUCGUCACCAUCCUCGGUUGCUACGGCUGCAUCAUACACCGACUGACAGCUACAGCCUCGUCAGCAUUAGGGUUGACUGGUAGCCUGAACAGGAACAAGAUACGUAACCAGGGGAGACGUCGGCGCCGGCGCCGGUCUCUGCGUCUGGUCGCCAUGGUGAUCUGCACAUUCCUACUGUGCUUUCUGCCCUAUCACGUGGCUCGCUCACUGCACCUGCACGCGGUGGUGGGCAGGUGGGGCUGUGUAGCUACGGCGACACUGCAGCGGGUGUUGGUGGUGACGCUGUGUCUGGCGGCGGCCAACAGUGUGGUUAACCCUCUGUUCUACUACUACUCCGGGGAGUCCUUUAGAGCGGUCAUACGCAGCGCCUCGUCACGACGACGGUCCUUCUCCUCCUCCUUCACUCAGGGCAGCCUGCUGCUCUCUCGCAGAAAGAAGACCACAAUGCAUACAACACCAACAAUGCGAGACUCACCCCUCACUCCACCCCUAACCCUUCCUGGGUCGCUACCAGACACACCCCUCACUCCACCCCUAACUCUUCCUGCGUCCCUACCAGACACACUCCUCACUCCACCCCUAACCCUUCCUGGGUCACUACCAGACACACCCCUCACUCCACCCCUAACCUUCCUGGGUCGCUACCAGACACAACCCUCACUCCACCCCUAACCCUUCCUGGGUCCCUACCAGACACAGCCCUCGCUCCACCCCUAACCCUUCCUGGGUCCCUACCAGACACACAAAGCCGUGUGGAAGACAGUCUAUAA